CUCCCAACCUCCAACUCUAUACUCAUUAUUUCCUCGGCAAUCAGCCAAUUUCAUUCAUUCCAUGCUUUUGUUUCACUUACCACGGAUUCGCUAUGCCGCAAGACGAGCUACCCAAAACCACCGCUCAGCCGAACGAUGCUGAACCUAAAAGUGAACGCGCCGCCUCGCUGGUCGAUCGCUUCACAUGGGGCAAUUUCACCUGCACCCAAUCCACAGGCGGCGUGGCCCUCAUGCUGUCAAAGAGUCCAUAUGGAUUUCGCGGCUUACAUACCAUUGGGGUCGUGGUCUUUAUCCUCAAUCUCGUUCUGUUUAUCUUCUUUUGCACAGCCAUGAUAUGUCGGUUUGUUCGGACACCGGCUAGCUUACUCAAAUCUGUGACGAAACCGCCUGAAGCGUACUUUACUGGCUCGCUGUGGCUUUCGAUGGCGACAAUCAUCAUGGGGAUACAGAGUUUUGGUGUUCCUCACGCUGGGUCCUGGCUUGUCGAUACCGUUCGGGUUCUUUUUUGGAUUUACGGUGCUAUCACGCUGACGUAUAACAUUGUUAUCUUUGUGGUCAUGUUUUCUCUUGCGCCUUUCGCCCCUGGUAGCAUGAGCUCUCCAAUGUUUCUGAUGAUUUACAAUGCCAUGCUCACCGGAACCGUCGCGUCGGUAAUUGCAGCCGAUCAGCCUCCAUUGGAGCGAAUGCCCAUCAUCGUUGCCGGAAUUGCUUUCGAGGGACUCGGCUGGAUUCUCUGUCUUCUUUUCCUUCCUCACUUCGUGGGAAACUUACUUGUCAACGGUCUCGGUCCAGUCAAUCUAAGACCAGGCCUCUUCAUAUCCGUGGGUUCUGCAGGCUAUACCAUCAUCGCCCUCAUCGGCUGCGCAAAAGCAAUCCCAGAUGGAUACGGAUAUUUCGCGAAGCAUCCCACUGCGGCAGAGACGCUGAACAUCAUGGCAUUGUGGGUAGGAAUAUUCCUUUGGUUAUUUACCUUUUGGCUUUUUGCAAUUGCCGCGGUUGCGCACGUGCCCAUCUUGGUGUCAAAACUCCGCGGCGAUAAGUCUCAGCAGCAGAUGAGUUUUGCACUUCCUUGGUGGGCGAUUGUCUUCCCGAAUGUUGGGUUCACGAUUGCUACGGUGUAUAUUGGUGAAGAACUGGAAUCGAGCGCUAUAUCUUGGGUUGCGACGGUUAUGACUAUAUUAGUGUUUGUGGCGUGGUUGAUGGAUCUGUACUUGCAUAUGAAGUCGAUAUUUCAGAAGCGAAUUAUGUAAAUAAUGGCAUAGAAUAGAAGAUGUAAAUUAGAUAAGGGCGUGUACAGCGUUUAUCAUCCGAUUCAGGUGACACGGUCUACAGCGAGAUCUUGAGGGAUCUUCUAUAGAAGUACUUGCUGGCCGUAAGGUUAAACUCUAGGUAGUCUUUAAAGUCUUGUAUCCGC